GCAUCCCUCGCGACAAGUACACGUCAACGUGAAUCUCUCGCGCGCGGCGCUAUGUUGACACCGUGUCUUCAACUGGAUGAAAAAAUCUGGCGAUGCAUUUGUAUCGUUGUGUUUCUACUUAUCCUUGCCGGCGACGGUUCGUCCAUCGAUUCCGAUAAACUUAUUGUCAACACGAAAUGGGGCUUCGUCCGCGGCGAGUGGAGCAGGACCGUGCGCAAUCGAACAGUCGCGAAUUUCCUCGGGAUACCGUAUGCUCUGCCUCCCGUCGGCGAUUUAAGAUUCAGGAGCCCGCAACGAUGGAAUCGCACGUGGACGAACAUUCGUGACGCUUCGAUAGAUGAGAAAAAAUGCCUUCAAUACAAUUUAGAGACCUCUAAAGUUAUUGGUAGUGAGGAUUGCCUUUACUUAAACAUCUUCGUUCCCCACUUUUCAGAGAGAAGCGUUUCGCAGAGAUUCGCAAAACUACCAGUUUUAGUCUUUGUGCACGGUGGUGCAUACAACAUAGGAACUAGCGAUAGCAAACUAUAUUCGCCGGAUUAUUUGCUGGAUCAGGAUAUAAUCUUCGUCACGUUGAAUUACCGACUUACUGCAUUCGGAUUUUUUAGCACAGCGAACCAAAUCUCGCCAGGUAAUUACGGCCUUAAAGAUAUAAAGAUGGCCCUUGAAUGGAUACAAGAGAACAUCCACAGCUUCCAAGGGAAUCCCAAGUCGGUGACUCUAAUGGGGCAUAGUGCCGGUUCAGCGGCGACUCAUUUACUUGCUCUGUCAAAGAAGACCGAAGGUCUCUUUCACAGAUAUAUCUUGCUAAGCGGUUCCGCUUUAAGUACAUGGACUUAUCACCCUCCAAGAAGAUACAGACAAUUGUGUUUGCAUUUGGCAAAACUUGUCGGUUGCCCGUUGGAAAGAAAUCGUAACGUAACCGCGUCGAACGAGACAACUACUGAAAAUCCAAAAAGAGGGGAUGUACAAACACCUGCCUACGACGACAUUGCGAGGAAAGAAAAAGACGAAGAAAUAAUGAAAUGCAUGAGAAUAGCCGAUGCGACAAGAAUAAUAACGAUGACGCAAUAUUUCUAUGUUUGGGAGGAAAACCCCAUGUGUAAUUUUGGUCCCACAUUGGAGGAUGAAUCAGCGGACGCCAUCCUGACGAUGCAUCCAUUAAAAACCAUGAAAAACGGACUGUUUCGUGAUAUACCAGCGAUAGUACAAGUCGUGAAGGACGAAGGUUUAGUGAAGACACUCGCUUUAUUCAUAAAACCCGAACUGGAAAACGAGCUGAUAGAGAAUUUCGAAGAAUAUCUGCCUUACUUCUUAGAGUAUCAUGAAGUGGUUUCAAACACUAGCGUUUUCGCUUCGGCGAUACAAGAUUUUUACUUUAAUGGAAAUGUGUCGCUGGGCCUCAUGCAUAACAUUACGGAGAUGACGACUGAUGCCUCAAUAACAUGGCCGACGAUGCAAGCUCUACAAUAUAUGUCAAAUGUAGGAAAUUCUAAUAUUUAUUUUUCCUACUUUGCGUACGAAGGCACGUUUACAUAUACCUUUGCUUCGGGCAUCCCAAAUCAUUAUGGUGUCGCUCAUGGCGACGAUUUGAACUACUUAUUUCCCAUAUUGAAUAAUAUGUAUUGGAACAUGUUACUGUACAAUACAAUGAGCGAUAUUACUAUGAUUAACAUCAUGACGGAGAUGUGGACGAGUUUCGUGGCAGAAGGGAUUCCGAAAGCGUGGCAGAUCAUCCCGUGGCCUAACUAUCGCGAUCACCAUGAGUUCAUGAGAAUCGGGAUUGACAGAUCACCGGAAUUUAUAGUGCAAACCAACUUCGAAUCUGACAGAAUGGAAUUCUGGGAGAAGUUAACGCAUAAUGAAUCGGAGGAAGUGAUGAACGACGUGUUUGUCAAUGAACCACCAUCAAACAACAAAUCUACGAAUGAUGCUAACGCAAUCGAUCGUAGAGUAAUAAUUCAACUUGCAUCAUUAGCAAUAAUCUUCUUCUACAUAUAAAUAAUAUCAUAUCUACACUCGAAGGAUAUAAAUUGCAUUUUUCAAAUAUGGUAAGUCAUAUAAAUUAUAAACCAACAUUUCAAUAUCGAGCAAUUAUUCAACAAAAAGAUAAUAUCAGAACAGAACUAAUCGUUAUCUAUAAGUCUAUACAUUCCUGGACGCUGAAUACAAAUUCGAUUUUUAAAUUGUUCCACCGCCUCAUAAUUUUCAGAAAUUUUCAGUUUAAUUUACAAGAGAAAGAGAGAGAGAGAGAGAGAGAAAGAGAGAGAAAGAGAGAGAAAGAAAGAGAGCAAAGAAGAGCUAUUUUCAUGUAAUUUGUAAUAUUAUAAUAUCUAAUGUGCUAGAAAUUUUUAUUGCAAGUAAAAUUAAGUAUGCCGUUAGAACUCCCAACCCUCAAAACGGAAUUUUUUGUGUUAGCUAUUAUGUUUAAUAAGAUAAAAUUAAAUAUGAAGUAUGUAAAAAAUGCAUACAUAUGAUUUUUUAUUAAAUUUCAAACACGACAUAAUUUUCAUCAUCCAAUGUACUAAAUCAACCAUUUUGAAUUUAUUAAUUUUAGCAUUAAAUUUGCAUUCAAUAUGAUAAAAAAUUUAUACACAAAAUUUUGCAAAAGUUUAGAUUUUUUAAAUUCUGACAUUCAUAUUAAAUGCAUCUUAAAUUUGUCAAUUUUGAAUCAUUUUCGUAUUUAGCGACCUAAAAAAUCUUCAAAUUUAAAGAAAUAUCGGUGAAAACCGAAUUCUCGUAUUUAAUGUUCAAAAAACUAUAAUAUGGAAAAUAACUAAUUUCAUUCAUGCGUAAAAAAAGCAAUUUUUUGUUGUUGUUUCCACAUAUCUUGUCACGUAUAUUAUUUAAACAAUUUUUCCACUCGGUCGAUUCAAAGCAAAAUUGAAAUUAUAUGUCAAAACUGUCUGCAGUCAAUGCAAAGAGAAAAAUACACAAAUAUAUAUAUUUAUUUACGUUUUAUACGUAAGUUAUAAAAUGUGUGAGGGUAUACCGUGAAAAAAAAUAGGUCAACUAUCUAUAAACACAAUUUACUGUGAGCAAUAAAAAUUUUUUAUUUAAAUCAAAAUAAAUUAAAAAAUUUUUUUAAUAAAAUAAGGAAAAUAUUUUUUCCAAUAUUUCAAAAAGGUAUUUCAGAGUUGCGUUCAGGAAACGUGCUAUCAGAACUAUUGCGUCAUUCUAUCUUUAUUAAACUCAAAACAAAGAUAAAAUAACACUAUGGCUCCGAUGGCGCAUUCCACGAACACAAUUCGAGAAAUAAAAUGAUUAGAAAAUCGGUCGUUAUACGAUCCUAUAAAUGUUUCAAAGCGUUCUUCGACUGAUUAAUUAGUAAACUUUUUUGUUUCGAUUAAUCAAUCAAACGAAGCAUUUGAAGCAUUUGCAGCGCUAAAUAGACCACCUGGCGCUGGUUCUGAUACAUAUAAUACGUGAGUCUGUCGUUUCUGCGUGAAUUUCUUGUACAUUGACACUGGCAUCUUUCGUUGAACGAAAAGAUCUGGCUAUGCAUAUAUAUGCUCUAAAUGAGUUCUUAUGUCCCUGCUUACCCUCGCCGACAGUUUGUUUAUUGAUUCCGUAGCAUUUUUUAAGUCCAAUGUGAGAAAAAUAUGAGCGAUGAAAAAUUGAUGCGAUUUUUAUCAGUAUAAAAGAACAUUUUGAUUAUAUAAUUGAAAUACGGAACAGAACAAUAAAACAAUAUGACACGGAAA